CUGACCAGUGACCCCAAAUUAGAUGGAAGGCCCAUUUGAUCAUGUCGGGAACAUUACUUUAUCUUUGUUACUCCUUUUAACUGGCGUAUCUCCGUCUCGGGCAGAGCUAUAAAUGGGAGAUCAGGAGUGUAGCGCUGGUGCAAGAGCACCAACUCCCACCAAAGAGAGAGUGAUAUGCUGCCUAGGAGACGUCCAUGGAUUCAUCUCCAAGCUCGAGAAUCUCUGGUCCAAUCUCGAAACCCUAAUCGACCCAUAUGACUUCCAGACAGCCCUCAUCAUCUUCUUGGGCGAUUAUUGCGACCGCGGCCCCCAUACUCGAGAAGUCAUCGACUUCUUGAUCUCCCUCCCCCCCAAAUACCCAAAUCAAACCCAUGUUUUUCUCUCCGGAAACCACGACUUCGCGUUCGCCGCCUUCGUCGGAGUCCUUCCCCCGCCCCCUGACGGAUCCGCGUUUUCGGAGACGUGGAAGGAGCAUGAGCCGAGUGAGGAGAGAGAAGGGUGGUUUAAGGGCGAGGGAUACGAGAAUAUGCAUCUUCAAGGAAGGAGGUGGAGCGGUACCAUUAAAGAGAGAUUCAAUGCUGUGAAGGGGACUGAAUAUAAGGGUUCAAUUUAUGAUGCCGGGCCGACUUUUGAAUCUUAUGGGGUUCCCCAUGGUUCUGCCGAUUUAGUUAGGGCAGUUCCUGAAGAGCACAAAAGGUUUCUUGCGGAUAUGGUUUGGGUCCAUGAAGAGGAUGAUGUUUGCAUAGAGACUGAGGAAGGAGUUAAACACUGUAAAUUGAUUGCCGUGCAUGCUGGUUUAGUGAGAGGUAAAGGGGUUGAAGAACAGCUGAAAUUUCUGAAAGCCAGGGACACUCGUGUGCCAAAGGUGGCAAAUUUUAGUGGGAGGAAGGAUGUAUGGGAAAUCCCAGAGGAAUUAACUAAGAGCCCAACCAUUGUAGUAAGCGGUCACCAUGGAAAGCUUCAUAUUGAAGGGCUUAGACUGAUUAUUGACGAAGGUGGUGGACUAGAGAAUAAUCCAGUGGCUGCAAUUGUGCUCCCCUCAAUGAAGAUUGUUCGUGAUACUGACGUUUGGGCAAAAUAGAUUGCAUCUCUUUUUUAGGAUGCAUUGUCAUAAUGUAGCAUCUUUCUGUUUGAAGCAAAUAGAAAUCAAGUUUGGAUGUAUUUGCUUGUAAUGUUCAUUUAGUUGUCACCUUUGCAUUUUGUGGGCACUUCUUGUUGAUGGCUACCUAGCAGAAGUGGUUAUUAAGCCCAAACAGCAUCGCUAAUGGAAGUGCAUAAACAGGCCAAGUUCAAAGUUUGAAGUUUUAAGA